CCCCUCCCUCAGUCUCUCUCUGUCUCUCCCUCAAACAUCAUCCUCGUCACAACAGAGCAGAGCAUUCAACUUGUCUGACCCCAGAGAUCUCUCCCGAUAUCUGCACCGCUUCCUCCUUUUACUUUCCCGUUCUCCCUCGCCAGGGAGAUGCGCGUGCCCUGCCCGGAAAUCAGCUGAUCUCCGGCCGUCGCAGCGCGAAAACCCGGUGAGUACUCUACCCUCUUUGUUUGCUUCCGGGACUCGUCGUCAUCGUCAUCGCGAUGGAAGUGCGGAAUAAUUCUGGGUCCUCCACCCUUUUUUUGUUUUUGUUUUUGUUUUUGUUUUGGUGAUCAUCCGGUACUUUGUGGGUUUGAUCAAGUCCCCGCUUGUGGUUCUUGACUCGAUCCGCUUGGAGAUGGGCAUCUCAUUGCUUCAUUUCGAGCUCGUUGCGAUUCUGGGUCCUCCUCUUUUCGUGGUUUCGGUGAACAUCUUUUGUCGUUGUCGGUUUCUGCUUUGCCUUGCCUUGAUUUGAUUGGAGAGGGAUGCUACAUUGCCUUUUCCUCCCACUUUGUGCUUAUUGUGCUUCUUGUUACCAUAUUUCGCUGACCUUUCUUGCUGGGCAAUUUGUGGAAGUGGAAAAAAAGUAGAAUUUCCAAUUGCCGUUUUUCAUCCUGUAAUUGUUUGUCUAUCGGAAGUUCAGAUCUUGUGCAUUCAUGUUUCGUUUGUCUCGUGCAAGUUCGGAACUUGAGUCCUGCAGCUAGAAGUUUAGUGGCUUACAGGCAAAACAAGAAGAUAAUAUUAUCCUUCUUGUGUGGAAUGUUGGAGUUGUCACUUAUCAGGUGAAUAUUCACAGGAGUAGAUGAAAGUUAAAUCUCGGAAUGCUGGUGUCAGAGUUUUGGUUUGACCAUUAGUCUAUUACAUUUACAUCAACAUUCUCGCUGCUAUAUUUUGUGAUCUAUGCUGAUUACCGAGGCUUUACUUUGAUGUUUGAGUGUUGUUCUCCUUUCACUGAUUAAUUUACCGGAAGGGCUUUUAGGCUUUUUAAAUAAAACAGCGUAGCAUAUUGAACUCAAGAGUACCGUCUUGGAUAAUGGCUUGUUCAUUCCAUAAGUUGGUGUUUUGUUGCCGCAUGAUCGAAAUCUCUAGAGAUUCUGAUAGUUAUCGCACAUCACCAUAUCAUGCUGACUAAUUACUUUGAAACUGCAUUUUGAGUGAAGGAAAGAGUGGCAUUCGUUUCGAUCAUACCAUGGAUCAAUCUUGGUAGUCCAUAGAAGUUUCACUUCAAGAUUCUUUUGCAGUCUUGAUCCGCGAAAAUGGGUAUUGAUAAAGAUGGUUCAAAAGGUGGAGGAUAUGUAGGAGGUUUCUUCCAGCUCUUUGACUGGAAAGCAAAAUCUCGUAAGAAAUUAUUCUCGAGCAGGUCCGAGCUGCCAGAGCACAACACCAAGCAGGGAAAGAGAAGGGAAGGAAAUUUGCCUACGACACGUGUCUUCCUGGUAGAUGAGGAUGAAAUUGGGAUGGGGUCUAGUGCCAAAGGGUAUAGUGACUAUAGUUGUGCUUCAUCAGUUACUGAUGACGAAGGAUACGGAGGCAAGGCUCCUAAUGUAGUAGCCAGGCUUAUGGGAUUAGACUCGAUGCCAACUAAUUCUUCAGAACCAUACUCCUCCCCGUUUUUUGACACUCAAUCUCUCCGCGAUUCCCAACGUUACGGGAGAAAUCUCGACUAUCCUCCUAACUACCAGAUGAUGUAUUCUGAAAAUCUAGCAAACAAAAUAGAGGGUCCUGUCCGGAGUAAUGUGGAGUGGAAGCCGCCUCAGACUCAGAGGAUUGUAAAUAGGCCGAUCGAGAAGUUCCAGACAGAAGUUUUGCCGCCAAAGUCAGCUAAAUCUAUACCAAUUACCCAACACAGGCUUUUGUCUCCUAUCAAGAGCCCUGGAUUCGUUCCAAGCAGGGAUGCUGCUCACAUAAUGGAAGCCGCCGCCAAAAUUCUCGAGCCUGGGCCUCAAUCAAUGAAAGGCAAGACGCCCAUUUUUGGUUCCUCUGAACCCAGGGCUCAAUUAACCAUGAAGAGUAAAAUGCCAAUGCUUGAUUCCUCUUCCGGUUAUAUGAAAAUUAGGCAUGCCAAAGAGAAUGAAGAGAUUGCGAAAAAAAUAUCUCUGAUAGACCGGUCUUCAGUACCACUUAAAGUCCGAGAUAUGAAAGAGAAAGUCGAUGUUUCUCAGAGAACAUUCACACAUGUUGAAGUUCCUCAAAGGCCAGUUGAGUCAAAUGCUGCCAGGUUUCUUAAAGGACAUUCUCUCAACAAAAGCUGGAAUGGAGUAGACACAUCUUCUUACCGAGGUCCUCCUGACAAAGAAGAUGCUUCUUCCAGUUCUAAGAGUAAAGGAAAGUCUGUUUCACUUGCAAUCCAAGCAAAAGUCAACGUUCAACGCAGAGAAGGGUUAUCUUCAGUUGACAGAAGUCUGGUCCGCCAGCAGGAGCUCAGCGAUAAUAAGUUAACCCAGCCCUUCAGAAGCCAACCACGUACACAGAAGAAUUCCCAGAAGAAAUCUCCUCUGCAUAGCGCUUCUGGAAUUCUAAGGCAGAAUAAUCAGAAACAGAAUUGCUUAUCAGAAAAAGAAAGGCUUCCCUCAAAGUCCUUCGUGCAGAAUUCGCAAGGUAAAAGAGCAUCAUCAGGGGAUUCUUCUGGACGGCAAAAGACAGCUUGUAAAUUGGUUGGAAGCUCCAAAGCCGGAUCAAGGAAGUUGGAUGUGAUCAGCAGUGAAAAGGACAAUUCGCAGUCUAAUACAAAGUACUUCCCAAGGAAAAAAAGGUCAAUAGAUGGGGAAGUUCAUUUCGAGAAAACUCGUGCAGUACAUGAUGUGUCCAUAGACAAAAACAGGAAGGCGGUGCAAUCACAUCCAACUUUACAAUUGCCCUCCAACUGGGCUGAAGAAAGUAGGAAGAAUGGCAUGGAUGUCAUUUCUUUUACUUUCACGGCACCUUUGGCACGAUCUAUGGGUGGCUCUGAGCCCUCAGGCCAGUCUAAACAGAAAAACUCAGAUUAUCUGGGUGGGAGGAUCUUCUCCCAGUCAGACGGCAUGAAAUCAGCUUCUCAGGGUUACAACAUGGUAGGCAGUGAUGCUCUGAGCAAACUUCUGGAGCAGAAGUUACGUGAGCUAUCUUUCGAGGUUGGGUCAUCUUCACACGAUUCUACCAUUGUAGAUUCACCUUCUAGUUCGGCAUCGACAUUUCAAGAUUCAGCACCCACACACAAUGCAGUUUGCUCAAUACUGAGGUCAUGUGACAAGAGUGACCAAGCUGUGCUCUUUAGCAGUAGAUUAGGCAGCGAGUACCGGAAUGAUCCUUUUGCCGCUAAUCAACUUCCGUGCAGAUUUAACCAUGAUUUUCAGGGAGUUGUUGAGAAAGAGGACCUUGCUACAAAAGCCAAACAAUUGCUUGACUACAGGCAUCCUAGUCCCGUCUCUGUUCUUGAACCAUCUUUCUCUGCUGAAAGUUGCUUCUCUUCUGACAGCAUGGAUAGUACUAAUACGGAAGGGACCAAGCAGCCAUCUUCUCAAGCUGCAGAAAUUCUAGGGUUGAGCUUUUCCAGAAAAUCAUAUUCAACAGAAGUUGAUAUAGACUUAUCAGAUUCGGCUUCUUCUCUGUCAACAGGAAGAACAGUUGCGAGGGGGCAUGCGACUGCUGAAAUCUCUACCAUUUUUUCAGCUUCGAAUGAUUGGGAACUAGAAUAUGUGAAGGAGAUUCUGUGUAAUGUAGAGUUAAUGUUUAAAGACUUCGCUUUGGGUCGAGCGCGUGAGAUCAUAAACCCACAUCUCUUUGAACAGUUAGAAACUCGGAAGGGCUUUAUGGAAAGUGAUGAUCUCACUGAUUCUAAGCUAACAAGAAAGGUACUGUUUGAUUGCGUCAGUGAAUGUAUGGAUUCAAGAUGUAGGCGUUGUGUAGGCGGUGGAUGCAGAAAAUGGUCUAAAGGCUUGGCGAUGGUGAGAAAUGAGCGGCUAGCUGAAGAUGUGUGUAAAGAGGUUCUAGGUUGGAGAGGCUCGGGGGACUCUAUGGUGGAUGAUCUUGUGGACAAGGAUAUGAGCGGUCCGGAUGGGAAAUGGCGGGACUUUGAAGCUGAGGUUUUUGGAAUUGGGCUAGAGAUCGAGGGUGAUAUACUCCGCUCCUUGAUAGACGAAGCAAUUGCUGAUGUUCUGCAAUGAGGCGCGGAGGUUUUAUGAUCUUUGAGUUCAUUCUCCACCUGUUAAUACUGGUAAAUUGGCUUGUCUUUUUGACAACUUCUGAGGAACCCUGUUCAUGGCACGGCUAUAGUUCGCCCUCGAAGAGACAGAAGCAGCCACUAGGAAAGAACCUCCACAUUCUACCGCGACCAUUCAGCUCGGAAUUGUAUCCCACUUAAUAUUGGUUCGCAUGAAAGGAACCCUCUGAUUGCAAAAGCGGGAGGUUAUCUGGUUUGAUGCUUCAGUUUUAUGAUACACGAGCCAUUUUUGUACCUUCACCAUGAUGUUCUGUUGUUAGAACUGUUUUUGUGGCAGACGAUUCUUUGGAAAUUAUUGCCCGUUUGAGCA